AAACGAUUAGACAAGUGACAGACGCGGACGAGUGACGGUGCUAUUGGUUGCGCUCGGUUCAGUGGAGAAAUUAAAGUGCCUUCUUUUUUAGGAUAGCGAUCAAAUACGUAUUUUUAUCUUUUUGUGGUGUUAACGUCACCAAGCGGGAGUGUUUAAACACGCACUAGCUUUUGAGUUUAGUAAAGAUGGUAUCGGCAAACAAGCAUACAUGGAUUUCUCCCUUAGGCUUUGUUGUGUCAGUGCUGCUUCUAAACGUUGCCCUUUGUGAUGAGCCCAGCAAAUUACAGCGAAAACUAACUGCUACGCUGAAUCCUGGUUGCAGAGAAUUCUGCGAAAAUAACACAGCCAUCACACUGGUGCAUAUCGCGGCCACGUCCGACACGGACACGAUCCAUUAUGUGUGGGAUUUUACCGGCAAGCCUACCAUUCUGGUGGCACUAACUAGCAAGCAGGCCGAAUUCCACAUCGAUUGGCCCAGGUUGAUGGAGAGCAAACCGGGAUCCGUACGAUUUACCGAGGCACCGCAGUACACGUUCAUGGCGAUUAUCAAUCGGAUUUUUCAAUACAAUGAUGCCGACGAUCGAGCAAUGCUGGAUGAGGGGACGAAUGCAUUCGUUUACGACCCACACAACUUCAUCUGGAACCGGAGCCUACUGUGGUCGAACGAGGAGGGCGUCAUGAUGGCGAUAAAUGCGGGCGAUGAUUUCCUGUUCAAGUUGAAUGCCUACUCGACGAAAGAUCAUGGCUUGGACUUUCCACAUCUGUUACACACUUCCAACUCCACCCAAAUUGACAUCGUGUUUAACAACAUAACGAACCGUUUCGCCAAUCCACGGUUCGCAAUAGAGCUACUGUUUGUCGUCUCAGAGCAAGCCGUUGUCGGAUCGGAGUUUGAGGUCACGAAACGCAAAACGCUGGAUGACGAGCACACGCCAGGCAUCUUCGAAAUCGUUGACGUACUAUCACCGGGAGCUUUCACUUUUUCAGCCGGUGGCUACAUCGAGUAUCGCCCCGUCUCCUACACCCACCCGGAACGAGAUGUGGCCACCUCGACCGAAACGCGACAAAGUCAGCCGAUCACUGUACGGUCCCCGUCGGCCGUGCUGCAAACCACUCUGGCGUACGCACUGUACGGUAACAAGCUGGACAGCUAUCUAGUGCAGGGCAUGAAUGUUUCGUUCGGCGUCAGCGAGGAUGGCUUCUAUCGCAAGACCAACUACACCACCAUGACCUUCCAGGUUGGGUACGGAAUGCCACCGGUCGAGGAGCUGUCCGCAUUCGUGCUGAUUGUGGCCGGCAUCGGGAUCGGAGUACCGCUGGUUGUGCUGAUCGCUAGCUCAAUUUACGUUUGUACAAAGAAACUACGCAAUCGGGACCGAUUCCAGCAACAGCGGCUGUAAAGAUUGUACCGUAGGAAGGUGCACUACGAGUGCAACGAUCUCUCAUUCCCGAGGUGCUUGAUAGUUUGGGCAUAACAUAAUGAAAAGCAAACGCACAUUCUGGUACACACGUGCAGAAUACAUGCUAUUAGAUGGGGACAAGAAGGGCGACACUAUUUGUACACCGUGUUUAUAGCAAAUUUUAAUCAGUCGACUCUUUUUUUAAGUACUGUAUUAGCUGUGUUAUUCAAAUAAAAUAUUUUAAUUUUGUAGCAAACCGUU